CUAGAAUAAAAUUGCUCUUUUAUAAAUAUUAAUAAUAUUAUUCUUUCGCUAAUCAUGUCUGUACCAAACAAGGUAUUAAUGCGUAAAAUUAAGAAGCGCGAGAAAAAUAAAUUGAAGUUUCUUCAGGAACGAGAAACACAAAAAAAGAAUGAUGAAGAUGCACCAGAAUUUUCGGAUGAAGUUGAACAAAAACUCAUUGAGAAUGGACAUGGUGUUAAACGAAAUCUUCCAGAGAACAGUCCUGCUAAAAAAAGAAAAAAGAAGAAUGCAAGAAAACACAAAGAGGAUGAAGAAGACAAAGAUGAGGAAGAGGAAGACGAAGACGAAGAUGAAGGAAUAACAGAACCUCAGACGGAACAAACACAAGAUGACAAGGAUGAAAAUAAUGAUAGCAAUGAAUUGGAAGAUGUUUCUUCUGAUCUUAGUAAAAGCUUACCAGGAUCGUCUAUGGGCCUAGAAAUAAUGAAUAGUGCAAGUUUUUCAUCUCUCAAGGAUACAAUUUGUGAAAAUACAUUGAAAGCUAUUGAAGAUAUGGGUUUCACGAACAUGACAGAAAUUCAAGCACGAUCAAUUCCUCCACUAUUGGAAGGUCGGGAUCUGGUUGGAGCAGCUAAAACGGGAUCAGGAAAAACAUUGUCUUUCCUUAUACCUGCUGUGGAACUCAUUAACAAACUCAAAUUUAUGCCUCGCAAUGGUACUGGCUGCAUUAUCAUAUCCCCUACACGUGAAUUAUCCAUGCAAACAUUUGGCGUCUUAAAGGAACUUAUGAAGUAUCAUCAUCACACAUACGGUUUAUUAAUGGGCGGUGCCAGUAGACAAACGGAAGCCCAGAAGCUUGCUAAAGGAAUUAACAUAAUAGUUGCGACACCCGGGCGCCUUCUUGAUCAUUUGCAAAAUACAGCUGAUUUCCUAUAUAAAAAUUUGCAGUCCCUUAUAAUCGACGAGGCCGAUCGUAUUUUAGACAUAGGAUUUGAAGAAGAACUGAAACAAAUCAUCAAUAUUUUACCUAAAAGAAGACAAACUAUGUUAUUUAGUGCCACGCAGUCAAAGAAAACUGAAGCGCUGACUGCGCUUGCACUCAAAAAGGAACCUAUAUAUGUUGGAGUCGAUGAUGAAAAAGAAAAGGCAACUGUCGAAGGAUUGGAGCAGGGAUACGUAGUGUGUCCCAGUGAAAAAAGAUUCCUUCUUCUCUUUACAUUCCUGAAGAAGAACCGAAAGAAAAAAGUUAUGGUCUUCUUCAGUUCCUGUAUGUCGGUCAAAUUUCAUCAUGAACUUUUGAACUAUAUCGAUCUACCAGUAAUGAGCAUACAUGGAAAGCAAAAGCAGACAAAAAGAACAACAACAUUUUUCCAAUUUUGCAAUGCCACUUCCGGAAUUCUUUUAUGCACCGACGUUGCUGCCAGAGGACUUGAUAUUCCUGAUGUCGAUUGGAUUGUACAAUUCGAUCCUCCAGAUGAUCCUAAGGAAUAUAUUCACCGCGUGGGGAGAACAGCUCGUGGUGAGGGCAGCAGUGGUCAUGCAUUACUGGUACUGCGACCUGAGGAGCUUGGAUUUCUGCGUUACCUAAAACAAGCCCGAGUACCGGUAAACGAAUUUGACUUUUCAUGGAAUAAGAUCGCAGACAUACAACUACAGCUGGAGAAGCUGAUCUCGAAAAACUACUUCUUGAACACGUCGGCGAAGGAAGCGUUCAAGGCCUACGUGAGAGCCUACGAUUCCCAUCAUCUGAAGCAGAUCUUCGACAUUGAGACAGUAGAUUUGGCGAAGGUCGCCAAAUCCUUUGGAUUCGUCGUACCACCAGCUGUUGACCUCAAAGUGGGAGUGAGCAAGGACUCGCGGCCGCGAAAGAGACUAGGCGGAGGCGGCUACGGCUACUUCAAGAGCAUGAACAAUUCCAGCGGUGGACGACAGAUCGAGCGAAGCAAGACCUUCCGCCAGGUGGGCAAACGUGGGAAGGACAAGCGACAGUUCGCAAGAUAAUUCUAGACCGGAUUCUCAUCGUCUCCUUAGCCAAUAAAGAUGUCCUGGUACGGAAGGCUUCAAUCGUUUGUACAGAGGAACACCCUGGAACAUCAACAGAAUAAAUUUCUUGGAUGUAACAAUAUUGUUAUUUAUCAUUAACGUGUAUAUGAUUAGUACAUAUUUUUAUCAUUGUAUAAUCCUAUACGAUGACAUGUAACUAGAGUUAUCUGGGUUACCACCGUGGCACUGGCACGAAACCCGGUCACCUGGCAACACCGAAUUAUCAUAGUGCAAGGGUACGUUUAAGUUUACGCGCGUCUAAUAUUGUGCUGUUGAAUCAUGUAAUAGAGUCGGUGGUGGCUGCGUAAAAAUAUAGCCUUUAUUUAUAAACCAUC